UGUAGAAUGUACAGGGCAGUAGUUUUUCCUCCUUUUAAGUUGCUCUCCCGGAGAAACAUGACCGGCCGCUGACCGGGCUGGCAGCCUGCGGGGACGACUGGCCCACCGGAGGCCUAUUUUCCACAGCGGACUCGGCGCGGCGCGGCGGCGGGUCUCCUGCAAUAAAAGUGCCGAAGUCGUGCAGCAAGAACGAAGACAGGAUGAACGAGGGAGGCCCUGGCUGAGGAAACGAAAAUAGAGAGAGAGAAAGAAAGAGAGGGGGAAACAGAAAAACAUCAAGCAGAAUCUCUGGGAUAAAUAAAUAAAAUAUAAAGAAAAGAAGAGGAGUUUGUUUGGAGAAAACUAGAUGAAAAGAUGAAGCCGAUAAAGAAGCAGGGCCGCCGCUCUCCUCCCUCCACGCGGGCGAAGGGCGGGAAGCGCCGUGGCGCCGGUGACGCUUCGGACGGAGGAGAGAAGAGAGACUCGGACGAGAGCCGAGACAGAAGCAGGUCCCCCCCGAGCCACACCCCCCCCUCCUCCUCUUCUUCUUCUUCUUCUUCUUCUUCGUCUUCGUCGUUCUCCUCCCACUCCCACUCGGAGGUUGCUCAGGCCGACCCGGCGAGGGAGGGGGAGGGGCUGUCGUCGGACGCCAACGCCGCCGUAUCGGUGGUGAUGGAUGCCGGGAAGCUGCUGGCGUCCUCGGAGGAGAGGUCGGCGAGGUCGGGCCUCGGCGGCGGCGGUAGCCACGGCGACAGCGGUGGCAGCAGCUGCAGCAACAGCAGCACGCCUAGCGCCAACGGCAGUCCCAACCCCGCCUCCAGCAGGAAGACCGCCACCUUCAAGGCCCGCGUCCCCAAGAAGAAGUACACCUCUGAGCACUGCUCUCCGUCUACUGCCAGUAACCAUAGCAACCCUGCCUCCUCCUCCACGCCGCCGCCGCCGCCGCCGCCGCCUCCUCUGAGUGGCGGCCUCAAUCAGCAUCCGACCAGCCUAAUGGAGGACUUCCACGGCAGGACGGCGGGUAGAGAGGACGUCCACGACUCCCCGGGCCCGCCCCCCCUGGCGCUGGCGGAGAGGGGGGUGGAGUCAGAGCGGGUCCCGCCCCCAAGUCCGCCGCCGCGCUGCUCCUCCACCGACACGGCCAGCGAGCACUCGGCGGACCUGGAGGUGGUGGAAGACCCGCGCCAGGGCGCCGUUCACGGCCUCCCCGACGCGCUGGCCGACGCCCUCGCCAAGGGCCUGAAGAACCAGCGCGUCCUCGCCCGCCAGCUCAGGAAUGGAGGCGGCGAGGGGCGGGGGUCGGACCUGGUGUUCCGGGCCGGCGUCGUCCGCAAGGUCAGCGGCGAGUCCGGCAGCCUGGAGGUGCAGCUGAACGGCGAGAAGGCGCUGUGUCGCUACCCGUACCGCCGCGACGGCCCGCCGGGCGCCGUGGACAUCAUCUCGGAUGCGCCGCCGCCCGGCGUGCACACCAUCCCCAUCGGGACCCGCGUCUGCGUGCCGUACGGCAACGAGGACGGCGGCGAGGGCCAGUGGCAGUGGUACCGGGAGGGCGUGGUCACCCGGGUCGACACCCACCCGGCCGUCGCCAACCGCUACCGCGUCCUGCUGUCGGAGGAGCGCCGCCGCGCCUCCGCCGACGAGGAGGACGGCGGGGGCGGCACCCAGGCGGUGUGGGUGUCCCGGCAGACGCUUCGCCUCCUGGCGCCGCCGUGGGACCUGGACUUCCCCUCGGGAGGGGGCCGCGAUGGCGAGGACGACGGCGGUGGGAAGGACGAGGGCGAGGAACGGGAGGAGAUGGACGUGGAGCAGGAGAUGUUCCACCUGAGUCGAGGUCUGGCCCCCGUAAUGGGCGCCAUGCUGGGGGGGGGAGUGUCCUACUCAGGGCUGGUCCCCGUGUCCUCGACGACGGUUACCCCGGCGACAGUCUUAAGCCUGGUGCCGGGGCGCGAGUGGACGAUCGAGAAGGACCUGGAGAGGGAGAGGGAGCUGCUGAGGAAGCAGGGGCGAGAGAGGGAGAGGGAGAGGGAGGCGGCGCACCCCCCCUACAUGCCGCUCACCCCCGACGAGGACAUGGAGGUGUCCCACUUCAACAUGGUCACCAUGGGCGCCAUCCUGCCGGGCGCCAAGCCGCUCGUCCCGCAGCACCGCCACAUCGUCUCCAAGCCGCCGACCGGCUACCUCAACUCCCACGGCAUGGUCCCGGGCCUGGGCAUCCCCCCACCCCACCUGGCCUUGAACCCUCACCCCCCUUCCUCGUCCGUCCUGUUGAGCCUGGACCCGGCGGCGGCCGGCUCCAUCAUGACGACCGCGCAGCUCCCGCAGCUCCCCGCCAUCUCAACCUCGACCACGACCUCCUCCUCCCGUGGGGAGAAGGCCUCCGGGGGUGGUUCUGGCGGAGGGGGGGGGUCCGGAUCCACCUCGUCCUCCUCCUCGCGCUCGCGCACGCCGCUCACGGCGGCGCAGCAGAAGUACAAGAAGGGCGACGUGGUUUGCACGCCGACGGGCAUCAGGAAGAAAUUCAACGGGAAGCAGUGGCGGCGGCUUUGCUCGCGGGACGGCUGCUCCAAGGAGUCGCAGCGCCGCGGCUACUGCUCCCGCCACCUGUCCAUGCGCACCAAGGAGAUGGAGGCCGGUGGCGCCGGCCCCGGGGGGCGGGAGCGCAGCGGCGCCAGCAGCACCGGGACCCUGACGCCAUCGGACCUGCGGCUGGGCAGCGGCCGCGCCAGCUCGGAGUUCGACUGGGACGAGACAUCGCGGGAGAGCAGCGAGGCCAGCAGCCGCGGCGGUGACUCACGCCCGCGCCUCGUCCUCCCCUCCCUCCUGCCGCAGGACCUGUCGCGCUUCGACUUUGACGAGUGCGAGGCAGCAACCAUGCUGGUGUCGCUCGGCGGGUCGCGCACGCCCUCGUACUCCCCAAUCUCCAACCAGUCGCCCUUCUCCCCGACGCCGUCACCGUCGCCCUCGCCUCUCUUCGGCUUCCGCCCGCACAGCUUCAGCCCCAUCACCGCCGCCGCCGCCUCCCUCAACCCGCGCCGCCACCGGCAGCUCAGCGGCACCAAGAUGGUGCCGGCGGGCGGCGAGCGGGAGCGCCACCUGUCUGGGAUCAUGCCCAGCUUCCAGACCAACCUCACCUUCACCGUUCCCAUGAGCCCCAGCAAGAGGAAGCUGGACGCCCCCCCGCCCCCUCCGCUGGCAGCGCUCCAGGACUACCAGAGCAAACCGGAGCAGCUCCUGGGGCUGGGGGGGGGCGUGGCGGGCGACCACGGCCCCGCCGCCUUCAGGGUGCUCUCCCCCCAAAGCCAACCCACCCUCCCCCGGUCCCGCAGCGCCACCAGCAGGCCCCCCUCCUCCGCUGCAUCCACCCCACCGCCCAUGUUGGUGUCCCCCACCCCCCCGUCCCCGCUGCCCCAGGAGCCGUCCCCGCGCCGCAUCGUGCCGCUGCGCGACUCCCCGGUCAUCGUCCGGAACCCGGACGUCCCGCUGACCAAGUUCUCGGACGGGCCGCUAGCGCGGCGGGAGAGGAGCCGGUCCAGGGAGCGCAGUCAGCCCCACCAGCACCCGGCCCCCCCGGGCCUGCAGGCCCCCGUCCCCAUCAACGGGGCCGCCACCAACGGAGCGGUGCUGCUGCGGAACCCCACCUCCACCCUCGUCCUGGUUACCUCCACCUCAUCCUUGACUCCAGGCACCGCCGGCCACCCCGCCCUCUCCAGUCCCUCGGCCCCGGGGUCGAUAUCUGCCCAGUCAGCCACGGCACUGUCCUCGUCCGGCUCCGGGGGCAAAGAGCGGCAACCCGAGGGCCACCAGAACGCCUCGGGGGGGGCGCUGCCUCAGCCGGUGGCCUGCCACCCCACGCCGACGGCGCUGCUGCCGCUCAUACUGCCAGCCGAGUCCUCGCACCCGACGCCGCGCAAGCAAAUCAUCAUGGGACGCCCGGGCACCGUGUGGACCAACGUGGAGCCGCGGUCGGUGCCAGUGUUCCCCUGGCAUUCGCUCGUCCCUUUCUUGGAGCCCAGCCAAUCAGGAGCGGCGGCGCAGCCUGCCGAUGGCCAGCAGCUCGUCAAUCAGGGGAAAGAGCCUCGCUGUGGUGUUGCCUUAGUGAGCGAUGGCCGGACGGGCCCCCCGGACCUAGAGAGGGGAUCGCCGUCACGCCCCCCCCCGACCAAUGACAAUCCUCCUACAGACAGGGGCGGGGCUGACAGCGAGACAGAGAGCGACACGGACGACCCGUUUUCCCCCGGCGUGGCCAACAAUCCAUCACCCUCCAACGGACCCAUCAAGAGACGCACACAGUCCCUCAGCGCGCUGCCCAAAGACGCCGACAGGAAGAGGGAAAAGGACCACAUCCGUCGCCCCAUGAACGCAUUCAUGAUAUUCAGCAAACGCCACCGGGCCCUGGUGCACCAGCGACAUCCCAACCAGGACAACCGGACCGUCAGCAAGAUCCUCGGGGAGUGGUGGUACGCACUGGGGCCCAACGAGAAGCAGCAGUACCACGACCUGGCCUUUCAGGUGAAAGAGGCCCACUUCAGAGCCCACCCGGACUGGAAGUGGUGCAACAAGGACCGCAGGAAGUCUCUGUCGGAGGGUCGCGGGACGCCGAAGGAGCCGCGAGAGCGGAGCAUGUCCGAGAGCAUCGGUGUGAUAACCGAUGCUCUUCUACAAGCUGACGUCCAAAACGAUCGAGAUGUGGCGUCAGAGUCCCAGGUGCUGGAGGGGAAGGGAGGAGCCUCCGUCUGGCCGGGGGGGCCGGAGCGUCGAGGGGUGCAGCACCCCCGGCCCAGAGCCUUCUCCCAGAGCGCCGUGCACACCCUGGAGCAGCGGGAGCGGGAGAGAGACCUGGAGAAGGAGGAUGGGACGAGUUUGUUUCGUAACCGGCAGCCUCCUCAGCUAAUGUACCAAGGCGGCGCCAGCGAGGACAUGACCAGCGACGAGGAGCGAAUGGUCAUCUGCGAGGAGGAGGGGGACGAUGAUGUCAUGGAGGAUUCGUGCACAGAAGGCUCCAUCGACCUCAAGUGCAAGGAGAGAGUGACGGACAGCGACGAGGACGAGCCGGACGGACAGCUCGGCUUCCAGCCGGUGGCCUGCUCCUCCCUCCCCUCCUCGUCGCCCUCCAUCCCUCACUCCGACUACACCUCCGUGAAAGGGAGCGGCGAGGCGGCAGCAGGGGGAGGGGCCGCUGAAGAGGGGGCGGAGCCGAAGAGGAGGAGAGGUGUGGACGGAGGAGAGGAGGCGGUCGAACGAGAGCAGACGGCGGAGGGAGGUGGAGGAGGCGCGUCCUCGUCCGUCGGCCCGCCCACACCCGCCUCGGCCCAGCAGGUCCUCGGCGGGGUCCGGCCCGUCGCCCUCGGCUCCGCCCCGCAGGAGAAGAAAGCCACGCUCCUGAUGGCAGGAGGCGGAGCUCAGCAGCUGCCAAUCACCACAGGGGGUGGGUACCUGUCGUCAUCCUGCCCUUCCCCCGGUCUGGUUCUGGGGGGGUCCCUCCCCACCGCCCAGCCCCUGCAGCUCGUCACCGCACACACGCACCCUCACCACCCCGUCCUCCAGCCCGCCGCCGCCCCGCCCACCCUGGCCCCACCCACCUCCUCCCCCAGGCCGCUAGCGCAGGUCCAGUACGUCCUGCCCGCCGACAGCCCGGCCUCCCCCCAGCUCACCCACCAGCACGUCCUCUCCCUCCCCGCCAAUGCCGCCCUGGCCAAUGGCGUGCACGCGGGGGCGGGGCUCAGACUCAGCCCCGGGACCAGAGUCCAAACCCCGUCGCCGGUCUUGCAGAGCAAGAUGUUGGUUCCCAUGGCAACGGUGAGAACAGGGUCCACUCCUCCGCAGCCUUCGCUUUCCCUCGUGGCUCCGCCUCUUCCUGUGCAGAACGGCCCCGCGACCGGAAACAAGAUCAUCCAGAUCGCUCCCAUGCCUGUCCACCCAGGUGGCGCGGCGGCGGCAGUGCAUUCUGGGAGCACCUUUCCUGUUUCCGUGGCAACGGUGAUGGCUCCCGGUGCUGCGCCCCCGCAGACCGUCCUGCUGACCUCCCCGCCCACCAGGAUCACCUAUGUUCAGUCCGGCCCAGGGGUUACCGCGGCAACGCCCCAGCCGGGUGCUCAGCCUCCAGCUCCGGCGUAUCUCCCGUCGGCUCUGACGACUCUGGGCUUCACCGCCAUUUCCCCCGCCGGACAGACGCUGGUCCAGCCGCUCGUCGGUCAGCCGCCGCUGCUGGCUCAGGCCCCGCCCCUCAGCUGUCAAUCACAGACUCCUCCGGGCCAGACGGCGGCGACCUCGGGUCGUCAGGUACUCACCGCCAUCUACCCGGCUCCGACGGUUGCCAUGGCGACCGGUGUGGUCUCGGUGGCAGCCGUGCCACCCGCCGUGGCGCCGCCAGCUCAGGAAGCGAUAAACCCCACCUCCCCCCCGCCUCUGGCCAAAGGGGCGCAGGGUUCGGCGGCUGCGGCGGAAGCAAAGGUGGAGGUGAAGCAGGAGAGUCUGCUGGAUGGGAGUGAAGAGCAGUGGUCGUCGGGCUGCGCCGCCAGCUCGUUUCUGGGUACCGGUGUAAACACUGGCACAGCAGUGAAAAAAGAAGAGGAUGUCAGCAUCAGCAUCAGCAUAAAAGAAGAAAACACGAGAGAUGGACCAGAGAGAGAGAAACAGGCUGAGGUGGACGAAGAGCGAGAAAGAACGAUGAAAGAGAGCAGCGAGAAGAAGAAAGCCAGAGAAAAAGAGAGAGAAGACCACAGCAAAGAGGCUGGACCUCGUUCCCCUCCUCCCCCACCCUCAGGUUUGGAGCCCCCGCCUCCUCCACCAGCAGACAGAGAAGCCCCCUCGUCCUCCAAGAAGAACAAGUUCAGACCCCCCCCACUCAAAAAGACGCCCGACCCUCACGACAAGGUCUUGUCGGAGAUGUACUUUGAGGAGCGUUUUGCCGAGCUUCCAGAGUUCAAGCCGGAGGAGGUCCUUCCCUCGCCGACCCUGCAGAGUCUGGCCACCUCGCCGAGAGCCAUCCUGGGGAGCUACCGCAAGAAGAGACGCAACUCCACGGACCUGGAGGUGGCGACUGAAGACCCCAGCUCCCCCCGGAGGAAGACCCGCCGCCUGUCCAGCUGCAGCUCGGAGCCCAACACCCCGAAGAGCGCCGCCAAGUGCGAGGGGGAGAUCUUCACCUUCGACAGAGCAGGUCCGGAAGCGGAGGUUCCUCCGGGAGACCUGGAGAGGGUUCCCUACUCGUCGCUGCGCAGGACGCUGGACCAGCGCCGGGCCCUGGUCAUGCAGCUGUUCCAGGAGCACGGCUUCUUUCCCUCAGCUCAGGCCACCGCCGCCUUCCAGGCGCGCUACUCGGACACUUUCCCCACCAAGGUGUGCCUGCAGCUGAAGAUCCGCGAGGUCCGGCAGAAGAUCAUGCAGACGGCCACGCCGGGAACCUUCGAGGCCAUGGGGGCGUCCGAGGCCGGCCCCGCCCCUCCCCACGGCUCCGCCUUCGGUCAGCUGACCCGGGAGGACGGGGGGGCGGAGCCCCCGGGAGACAAGGGCCACCACCCGGACGAGCCCAAAAGUGAAGGAUCGUAAACGUCAAAGAGGAAAGAAAACACAAAGACAAAACAACAAACAUAAAAUCUAGCAAAGUUGAAGAAGGAAGGCACUCGUCUCCACCAGACCUGGGCAGAAGCUCGACCCCGGGGUCGUUCAAACAACUUAAGACACAUUUCGAUUGUUGAAAAUAAAAAAAGCCUCAAAGUGGAGGAAUCACAUGCAAGUAGGACGGUUUCUUCCCUUCAGUUUCCCCCCAAAAACAUCCUGAAUGUCUUCAACACCUUCGCCCAGGUCUGCUCUCAGCACAUUUGUACAGCGGUUUGUCGUUUGACACACAAACUCUGCGGUGCAGACUCUGCACCGCUCUGGCACACAUGCAAACCGACCCCUGGUGCAUAUGUUGUUUCCAGCAUGCACACAAUCCAACACACACAGAAUUAGACUGUUACUCCUGGUCGGCCGUGUCCGGGAGCGGCGACCCAGGACCACCACACACAAAGGCACUUUGUCACUUACCGUGCAGAUGCAGUUUGCUGUUUUCAGCCAGCCAGCCCUCAGAUGCCAUCGACUCUGACCUCCUCCUCCUCUUCCUCCUCCUCCUCCUCCUCCUCCUCCUCCUCCUCCGCCGCCCUGCCACUCCUCAGCACAGUGGUCGGGACGCAAACACAACCCCAACGACCUCCACUGAUAUUCCACAGCCCCUAGAUGCUGCAAGACAGACACACAGCACACACACACACACACACACACACACACACACACACACACACACACACACACACACACACACACACACACACACACACACACACACACACACGAAUGCGGUCGGCCCAUCGGCCUGCACAGUUUCCAGUGAUUGUAGUGAGAAAGAGACGAUGCGAGAGCGAGGACGGAGGCCUGACGGACGUGGAGCGACCAACCUUUGCACCUUCGGCUGUUGCCGUGACGACAGGAGCUGAUUAUUCAUGUCUGUAUGUCUGUCGGGGGGGGGGGUACGCCCCCCCCACCCCCACCCCCACCCCCACCGUAAAGAGAUUAUGUAAAGAGACUGGCGGUUGUGAGGCUUUUGAAGAAUCAACGUUACACUCGGCGACGACGGGGAGAUGUAGUAGUUCUGGACCUGGACAACAACAACAACCACAACAACAACAGGAAAAGGAGAGGAAAAGUUCAGUUCUAACCAAACUUCUCAGAAUUUUCCUCUGAAUGGAUAUGAUGUUGCUUUUCUCUCGUUAUCGUUGCCGUGGAAAUAACCAGUUUUACCGUGGCCUGUUUUUCUCUCUCGUGGCUCUAUCGUGUUUCUUCUCCAGCAUAAACAAAUUUAAAAAAAUCAACAAAAACAACAAAAAAAACAAAAAAAAUCACAACAACAAAGAAAAAGACACUCUGGACAAAGAAGGGGACAAAAUCUUAAUCUUGUGCCCCCCUCCCCUCCCGCUCUCCCCCACCACGUAUCUUUAAUUGUACCUGCUCUGAUGACCCUGAACUCCCCCUUCCCUUCCCUUCCCUAGGAUUUCUCACCGGACGCAGAAGUGGGAGAGGAGGGGCGUUUUGUCGUUUUUGUAAAAACGUUGAAAUCAGGUGUUUGCACAAUUUGUGCGGUCCCUUCCUGCCGGGGGGGCCGCCACAAGUUCAAUCAGGAAAGUAUUGUUUUUAGAGAUUGUUUUAGUAGUUUUAAAAAAAAAAGUAACCUUGUUCCGUUUGUUAUCGGCCACCUUUCACUUUACUUCCGCUUGUCCUCCCUGCCUUCUUCACCUCCUCUCAAUGCACUUCUUCUUCUCCUCAGCAUCCUCUCUCUCUCUCUCCCUCUCUCUCUCUCUCUCUCUCCCCCCCUCUCUCUCUCUCUCCCUCUCUCUCUGUCUCUCUUCCCCCUCCCCCUCAAGUGUUGUCUGAAAGUGCCCUUAAGCACUGGUCCCGGGUCAAGCGUUAUGUAGCUCAGGAUGGUUCUGGUUAGGGUUAGUUCAGGGAAAGCAGAUCCUAGACCAGCCCUGGAGGGCAGUCUCUGGAGCCCUCCCCGUUUCCCUCUCUUCUCGACACUUUAUCCUUUCCCAUCAAAUGGUGCAAUAGGACAUUUAUUUUUUUGGGGGAAAAUGGGUGGGUUAUUUUGGUUUAUUUUUCGGGGCAAGGCUCUGUGCCAUAGAUAUUAAAUUCAGUGCAGUCAGUCAGUGAGAGGAGUGAGCUGUUGUGAUACUAUCUUUAACUAUGGUAAUAAAAUAAUAAUAAGGAAAAAACACCAAAAAAAUACAAAAAAGCAAAAAAAAAUAAACAACAAAAAAAAAAGAAUCACACAACUAUUGUCAUUGUUGAAGAGAUAGAGAUUUAACUUACUAAAAGUCAAAGACAAUUUUUGAAUAGCACUUUUUGGCUCUUUGCUUCUUUGGUGAAGAGUGGGGGUAGUUAUUAUGGGUAUCUCUUUUAUUUCUCUGUAUACAGUUGGAUGUGUGAAAAAAAAAAGAUAUACCGGUAUUUCCAUAUUUGUGCAUUUAGGUCUGUGUUUGGGUGUGUGUGUAUGUCUUGGCACAUGCAAGCAGUGUGUUACACAACCAACCUCCUCUUUCACCACGCAGCAACAUUAUCAAUAGUAUAUUUUUCAUUGUACUCUAUAUUCUGCUGAAGAGACAGUAUUUUUAUAGUCAUCAUGACUAUUUUGUCAGCCAUAUUGACUGUUAUCAAACCAGUUUAUUCAGGAUAUAUAACAUAUAUCAAGUAGAUAUUCAGGAUAUACAGUGUAAUCCAUAAAUAUAUAUAUAAAUACAUGCAGAUAAUAGAAUACUAUCAAGUUACAUCACUUUGGGGUAAGUUAGGGCUGUAAAGUGUUUUAUCUGCAUGCAUGUGCAAUUACAUGCACACAUGCACAUGCCCACACAGACAUACGUGCAUACACACAUGUAUGCGUGUACACUGUAUGAUUGUGCUUAAAAAUAAACUGUCCUUACUUUGGAGAAGGAAUUUUAGGAUGAGCGAAAUGAGUGUUAUCUCAUAAGCAGGCAUGUUGACCAUGUGCAAUAUUUCUAAACAAAAAAAAAAAAGUAAAUAUUGAAAAUAUUAAAGAUCUAACACAAA